AUGACUUUCCGCGACAUCCUGAGCGUCACUUUCGAAGGACCCCGCUCGAGCGGUGGCGCUGGGGGCUCCGGCGCGGGCGGCGGGGCCGGCACGGCCAGCUCCGAGGGUCCGGCGGUGGGCGGCGUGCCGGGGGCCCCGGGCGGCGGCGCUGUGGUGGGGACGGGCGGCGGCGAGGACAACCGGAGCUCCGCGGGCGAAGCGGGGGCCCCGGGCGGCGGCGAGGUGAACGGCUCGGCGGCCGUCGGAGGGCUGGUGGUGAGCGCGCAGGGCGUGGGGGUGGGCGUCUUCCUCGCCGCCUUCAUCCUCACCGCCGUGGCGGGCAACCUGCUCGUCAUCCUCUCGGUGGCCUGCAACCGGCACCUGCAGACCGUCACCAACUACUUCAUCGUGAACCUGGCGGUGGCUGACCUGCUGCUGAGCGCGGCGGUGCUGCCCUUCUCGGCCACCAUGGAGGUCCUGGGCUUCUGGGCCUUCGGCCGGACCUUCUGCGACGUGUGGGCCGCGGUGGACGUGCUGUGCUGCACCGCCUCCAUCCUGAGCCUCUGCACCAUCUCGGUGGACCGCUACGUGGGCGUGCGCCACUCGCUCAAGUACCCAGCCAUCAUGACCGAGCGCAAGGCCGCUGCCAUCCUGGCUGUGCUGUGGGCGGUGGCCCUGGUGGUGUCCGUGGGGCCGCUGCUGGGCUGGAAGGAGCCGGUGCCCCCGGACGAGCGCUUCUGCGGCAUCACCGAGGAGGUGGGCUACGCGGUCUUCUCUUCCCUGUGCUCCUUCUACCUGCCCAUGGCGGUCAUCGUGGUCAUGUACUGUCGCGUGUACGUGGUGGCGCGCAGCACCACGCGCAGCCUCGAGGCGGGCAUCAAGCGGGAGCCCGGCAAGGCCUCCGAGGUGGUUCUGAGGAUCCACUGUCGCGGCGCGGCCACCGGCGCCAGAGGAGCCCCGGGGUCGCAGAGUAGCAAGGGACACACCUUGCGCAGCUCACUUUCUGUGCGGCUGCUCAAGUUCUCCCGCGAGAAAAAAGCUGCCAAGACGCUGGCCAUCGUCGUCGGGGUCUUCGUGCUGUGCUGGUUCCCCUUCUUCUUCGUCCUGCCGCUGGGCUCUCUGUUCCCGCAGCUGAAGCCGUCCGAGGGCGUCUUCAAGGUCAUCUUCUGGUUGGGCUACUUCAACAGCUGCGUGAACCCGCUCAUCUACCCGUGCUCCAGUCGCGAGUUCAAGCGCGCCUUCCUCCGCCUCCUGCGCUGCCAGUGCCGCCGCCGCCGCCGCCGCCUCUGGCGCGUCUACGGCCACCACUGGCGAGCCUCGACGGGCGAGCCGCGCCCCGGCUGCGCCCCCAGCCCUCGCGCCGCGCCCCCCGGGGCUCCCCUAGCCCUCACUGCACCCCCGGGCCCGGGCGCGGCAGACUCGAGCGACGCGCAGGCCCCCGUCGCCGGCCGUCGGAAGCCAGCCUCCGCGCUCCGGGAGUGGAGUCUGCUCGGGCCUCUGCAGAGACCUACGACCCAGCUGCGCGCCAAGGUGUCCAGCCUGUCCCACAAGAUCCGCUCCGGGGGCGCGCGGCGCGCCGAGGCUGCGAGCGCCCUGCGCGCCGAGGUGGAGGCGGUGUCCCUGAGCGUUCCCCAGAACGGGGCCGAGGCCGUCAUCUGCCAGGCGUGUGAGCCGGCGGACUACAGCAGCCUCCGCGAGACUGACCUUUAGGGACCGAGACCCAGGCUGGGGGACGUGCGGGGCCAGGGGUGGGCGUUCUGUGGGACGCUGCCUUCGCUCGGAUCCAGGACUCUGACCACGGUGGCUGCUCCAUCUCACCCCGCAAAGCGACGGGAGCUGGACCGGGGGUCAGAGCACUUCGAAGGAGGUGGAUUAUGGCGCCCCCUGCUGGACAUCGGUGUCCAGCGCUCUUCCUGGAAGGGAGAGGCCGCGGGAUUUGCUCUUCUCUUCCAGUCUGAGAAACUGCGUAGUCAGUUGGUCCUGAAAUCUAGGCAAAAGACUUUUAGGUUCGGCCACAACCCUUGGGGGAGGAACAGGUUACAAAUUCUUGCUUUGCAGCUUCCAGUGAAAAGAUCAGGUGACAGUUUGGACUCCUUGCUGCCAUCUGGAGGAAGUCAGGAAGUCCUACCGUAGCCCCCACCACACAGCAAGCAUUGGUGGCGGUAUUGAAAGCCCGCCAUACAAAUCUGUUAUUUUCCCGCUCUGAGCCCGCUGCGCCCUUCCCCACACUCCUAGCCUGUACGUGCCCUUCACCUGCCGCAGCCCUCACCAUUCCCCCCAUGGGCCUUACUGUUUACACUCUGUACAUAGUCCAUUGUGCCUGUCUGUGCCGUCACUUCUCCCUGGGGUUCCAGCUGCCGACAGGGAAGAGCCUUAUUUAUCAUUUUGAAACCUAUUUAUUGGUAAGAGUACUUAUAUUUUGU